AUGGACAUCGCCUCGCCGGAGCGGCACGAGGUGCUGGGCGAGCUCACGUUCCGUAACGGAAGCAUCAAGGUGCAGUGCAGCAGUUCGACGAAGAAGAAGUUCAAGCCGCCGGCGCCGUCAUGGUACGACCUCAAACAGCUGCCGCGUUCUUCCGACGGCGAUGUCUGGGACAGAGAACGACAGCACGAGUUCAGGAGCAAGAUACAGCUGCGCGUCUACUACGAUGCGGCGUCGUACGCCAGCGACUUGCAGCCAUCGGCGCUGCCGCUCCGGUCGCAGGCCAUCGGUGUCCUCGAGCAACCGGCCUCCGAUUACUUUGUGACUGUCAUUCAUGUGCCCAAACCGCAGCUGUCAAUAUGA